AUGGUGGGAAAGGACUGUGUUGCCAUUGCCUGCGAUUUGAGGCUCGGUAACCAGUCGUUGGGAGUUGCCAACAACUUUGAGAAGGUUUUUCAAUUGGGCCAUGUGUUUCUUGGUUUGACGGGACUUGCAUCGGAUGUGCUGACUGUGCACGAGAAUUUUAGAAUGAAGGCGAACCUUUACAAGAUGAGAGAAGAGCGCGAGAUUGAGCCUGAGAGUUUUGCCAACCUUGUUUCUUCUACAUUGUACGAGCGUCGGUUUGGUCCAUGGUUCGUGGGGCCAAUAGUUGCAGGUAUCAACUCCAAGACAGGCAAGCCUUUUAUCUGCAGUUUUGAUUUCAUUGGAUGUCCGGACUUUGCCAAAGAUUUUGCAGUUUCCGGAACGGCUUCAGACCAGUUGUAUGGAAUGUGCGAGUCACUUUACGAGCCUAACCUGGAGCCUGAAGACUUGUUCGAGACCAUCUCGCAGGCGCUGUUGAACGCUGCUGACAGAGACACUCUUUCCGGAUGGGGUGCUGCUGUGUAUGUGAUCACGAAGGAUAAGGUGAUAAAAAGAUAUCUUAAAUCGAGACAGGAUUAA